GCUACGAUGGCGGACCAAGAAUCGGACAUGGAAUAUUCGUCCGACAAUGAUUACGAAUUUGAGGACUAUUACAACUCAGGUGAAGAUUGUGACAUCGAGCAGAUCGACCCGAAGCGUACCGAUCCGGAGUACUUCGUGUACGAGUGUCUGAACGUGGAAGAGGUCGAGAAGCUGCUGAACGAGUCGGUGGAGAAGCUAAGCACCCAGCUCCAGAUUACGCCAUCGCUGGCGAAGGUGCUGCUGCACGAAACCCGCUGGAACACGGCCGAAGUGAUCGAGCGGUAUCGCAACAACGCGUCCAAUCUGUUGGUUAGCGCACGGAUCAAAGCGGCUGCACCGUCGGUACCGCCCAGCCCACCACAACUGCCACCUGCCGUCCCAUCCACGUCGUCGUCCCAUGGUGCCGUCGCUUCAGGUGGUGCUGGCACCACCACCACCACCACCACCACCUCAUGCUCAUUCACCGCACCAUCCGUCCCUGGCUGCUCGGCCAGCCCGGCAAUCCCGGGAACGAGUAGUAGUAGUAGUAGUAGCGGAAGUACUACCACCACCAGCAAUAGCAGUAGUGCUAAAUCACAUCAAACCAGCUCCACCACGAUGACGGGAGCUUGCUGCUAUCGUACACAGCUAUGUCCGGUGUGCGUUACGGUACAGUCAACGGACAAGUUUCACUCCCUUGCCUGCCAGCACUCGUUCUGUCGCGACUGUUGGGCGAUGCACUUCGAGAUACAGAUUGGGCAAGGCAUUUCCACACAGAUCGAGUGUAUGGAGCAGCGUUGUGAUGUGCGCGUACCGGAAGAUCUCGUGCUGACGCUACUGAACCGGCCGAUGCUGCGCGACAAGUAUCAACAGUUUACGUUUGCCGAUUACGUGAAAUCCCAUCCGGAGUUACGCUUCUGUCCGGGUCCAAACUGUCAGACGAUCAUCCGCAGCCAGGACAUUAGCCCGAAGAAAGCCGUCUGCCGGAUGUGCAAGACGGCGUUCUGUUUCCGGUGCGGUACCGACUAUCACGCCCCAACCGACUGCCAGAUCAUCCGCAAAUGGUUAACCAAGUGUGCGGACGACAGCGAAACGGCCAACUACAUCAGUGCGCACACGAAGGACUGCCCCAAGUGUCACAUCUGCAUCGAGAAGAACGGUGGUUGCAAUCAUAUGCAGUGCUUUAACUGCAAGCACGACUUUUGCUGGAUGUGUUUGGGCGAUUGGAAGGCGCACGGGUCGGAGUAUUACGAGUGUUCGCGGUACAAGGAAAAUCCUAACAUUGCCCACGAAUCGGUACACGCGCAGGCCCGGGAAGCGCUCAAGAAGUACCUGCACUACUACGAACGGUGGGAAAACCAUUCCAAGUCGCUUCAGCUCGAGCAGCAAACGCUGGACCGGAUGCGGACGCGCAUCAACGAGAAGGUGAUGAAGGGACUCGGUACGUGGAUCGAUUGGCAGCAUCUGUUCGAUGCGGCAACCCUGCUGGCCAAGUGUCGCUACACGCUACAGUACACGUACCCGUACGCGUACUACAUGGAAUCGCGGAAGGAACUGUUCGAGUAUCAGCAGGCACAACUCGAAGCGGAAAUUGAAAACCUUUCCUGGAAGGUUGAACGGGCGGAAACGACCGAUCGGGGUGAGCUGGAGAAUCAGAUGGACAUUGCGGAAAAGCGCCGGACGACACUGCUGAAGGAUUUCUUUCCAACGGAGGCGUAA